AGACAGCUAUGGCGUGUUCCUUCCCACCAAGGUUUUAGUGCGCUGCAGUACACGUUUCGUGUCCUCGGGACUUAAAAGUGCAUAAGCAUGCGUUACGUGGCUGCAUACCUGUUGGGCGCCCAGAGCGGCAAGAACCCAAGCAAGGAGGACAUCAAAAAGAUCCUGGGCUCGGUUGGCAUCGAGUGCGACGACAAGCGCGCCGAGCAGGUGGUGAGCCAGAUGGCUGGCAAGAAGGCCGAUGACGUCAUCGCCAGCGGCCUCACCAAGUUGGCGUCGGUGCCGGCCGGCGGCGCGGCCGCCGCUGCCGCCCCGGCCGCCGCCGCCGCCCCGGCCGCCGCCAAGGAGGAGAAGAAGCCCGAGCCCGAACCGGAGUCGGAGGACGACGACAUGGGCUUCGGUCUGUUCGACUAGUGUCCUGCUAAUACACAACUGACCGCUCAAGGA